AUGCGCAAUCCCCCCGAAAGCAUCAACCACCUCCUCGACACCCUCACCAACAACCCCUCCUCCCCCUCCCUCCGCAUCCACUUCCCCGCCGAAACCGUCUCCUCCCCAGGCCAGCACCUCUCCACCACCACCUCCGCAACCCCCCCUUCCUUCUCCGUCUCGGCCUCGGCCCUCCACAACCUCAAAUUCCCCAACAACGACCUCUCACCCGUCUCCUCCCACACCGACCCUGACGACGACGCAAACAAACCCUCCACCUCCACCAAAAAUGAAGACCAACCUGACAUAAACCCCCUCACCAUCCCCCGCUUCCUAAUCACCACCCUCGACCUCGACCCCCCCUUCCCUUCUUUUCCAGUCCUGGGCCCAAUCCUCCACGGCAUGCAGGCCGACCUGGCAUUGUCGACCUCUUUCACGGGCGAGGAUGACAUUGACACAAACAAGCAGUUUAUCCCUCUGGAGCGGGACACUAGGUUCAACCUAGGUGAGGAUGACAUAGGGGAAGUGGCGCAGUACAUGGGCCCUUCCCCGCCGGGGUGGAGCGAGCCGCAUCGCUAUGUUUGUCUGAUGUGGCAGCAGCCCGAGGGGGUGACUGGAGACAAAAUCAGGGAGGAGAUGGGGUGGGGGGCCGCGAGGGAUGGGAAGAUUGGUGCGUGGGAGAGGGUGAGGUUUGAUCAGGCGGGUUUCGAGGAGAGGUUUGGGUUGGGGGAGGUGGUGGCGGGGAAUUAUUUUGUUUGUUGA